CACUCUCUCACUCUCUUCUCUCUCUCAUGAUCUAGUAUAUAACAUGCGCCCGGCCCUUUGCUUUUUGCCUGCAUAUAAUUCUGUUCCUCGCUACGCUUGCUUCUCCUUUACUUAUUUAGCCUCCUCUUUCCUCCUCGUCCUUCACGCUACUACACAAGCAAGCAAGCAGACUCGCAUCACACCACUGGCUUGGCUAGCUCUCCAACUCAGCCAAUCCGAUCUCUUGCAUAAACUAUUUCUUGGAUCCCUUGAGAGAGGAUCUAGAGCAGCAGAAGUGGGAUCUGCGCGCGCGCAGCAGCUUCGAUGGGCCUCGACGUCGCGGAAAUCUCUGAAUUGGCGGCGCUCCGGCCGGUCCAGACGACCGAAGUGCCAGGGGCGGACGAUGCUGCCGCCGACACCGGCUGCGUCACGCCGAAGGCGAGCGGCUCCGUGGCCAUGCUGCCAAUUGCGCCACUGCAGCAAGUCGACGUUGGCUUCGCCACGCCGCUGGCCGCGGGUGGAGAAAUUGGGCCGCGAGAGGGCUGCGGAGCGGGGGCCACUGCCGGCGACGAGGGCAGCUUCACCACGCCCACAACGGCCGACAGCGCGCUGGUGCCGGCCACCGUGUGCCCGCCGGCACCGCGCAAGUCGGCGCCGGCUCCGACCAGGAAGCGGGCGCCGCUGCAGCAGCGGCUCUUCUUCUACCCUGUGCCGAGCGACCUGACCACCGUCUUCGUCGCCGUGCCGCAGUGCCCGUCGCCUGCCAAGAAAAUGCGGGCGCACGUGGUAGAAUCUUCCGUGCCUCUAGGCACGUGAAAGUGUGAGAGACACACGUACAUUCCCUCACUGUCUUGUAAAUGCAGUUCAGCACUUCACAUGCAGGGUGCCCGUAAGUCUAAAGUCUAGCGAUAAAUUCUUGGAUUCUCUUUUUUUUCCGCAUGCGCAAGCAGUGGCUGCACGUGUCGUAGUUAGCUACUACUCCCUCCAUUCGAAAUUAGUCGUCACAAAAUGAAUAUAUCUAUAACUAAAAUACAUCUAAAUACAUUCAUUUCUUGAUGAGUAAUUCCGAACGGAGGGAGUACCUCACAGUGUACCUGGGCAUAUCUGGGGCCGGGCCGGGCCAUAAAAAGCCCGAGUUGAAACCCAGGCCUGAGCCUGGCCUGGCCCGACUGUUGGGCCUACUAAAUUGGGCCCAAGCCCAAGAAGUCCGACAUGGCCUGAUCGGUCCAGCCCGACUACGGCUAAAAUCUCGGUUUUCACAAGCCCGAGCCCGGCCUGAUCUGCCUCUCGGGCUCAAUUUUCAGGCCCGAGGCCAGCCCGAUGGCACGCUCGGGCUGUGCCCGGCUCAGAAUUUUUUAGUCGGGUCGGGCCAUCCGGGCCGGGCUGCCCAUGGCAAGGGAUACCUCACAGGGAUCCACUCAAUUCAGAGUACAAGGAUUGAUACAAACGCAAAUGUGCUGAUAAUCGAACAGCAAGAAGGAGAGAGGUUCAGAGCCGAGGUGGGAGAGCAAAGAGCCACAGCCAUGUCGUUUGUUCUAAUCCAACCGGAAAGUUUGCUCGUUCUGUUUUCCCUCGUAUUCCUUUGAGCUACCUGAUCUCCCUUCUAUAUGUAGUCCAGAUCUGCUGCUGGGCUGCCAGAGGGAAGGUUGCUAACAGUUGUCGUCGAGGGAGGCGGUUAGUCUAUGUUCUCACCACGGCCACACGCAGAGAUGGGAUUUGCCGGAAAAAGUGUAAUUUAAACUUGACUUUGUAAACCUUUCAAAAAAAAAAAACUUGACUUUGUAAAGCUUAGCUAAAUCGAACCCCUAAUUCCGAAUCCCGGUUGUUGGCACCCUGGACUUAUCACUCCCGGUCUAAAUCGAACCCUGGACCUGGUUUUUACGAAAAAAAUACAUCCU